AUGAUCUGCUGGACUGGAAACUGCUCAGAAGCUGAGUUGCACAAUGGUAAUCAUACAGUUCAAAUACAAUAUCAGACGUCUGCAGCUGUUACCAUCCUCCAGGCCGCUGUGAUGAUUUUCACUAUAGUCACAGAUAUCAUUGGCAAUAUCCUAGUGAUUGUGUCUGUGUUACAAAACAAGAAGCUUCGAACUCCUGGUAAUAUCUUUGUUAUCAGCUUGUCUGCAGCAGAUAUGAUGGUUGCUCUGUACCCUUAUCCAUUAAUUACAUUUGCCAUCUUACAGAAGACAUGGACCUUGGGUUAUAUUCAGUGCAAAGUAUCAUCAGUCAUACAUGGUCUUAGCCUCAUUGGAUCUGUCUAUAAUAUAUUGACAAUAGCAGUCAAUAGAUACUUCUGCAUUUGCCACAGUUCUAGAUAUGAUAAGCUUUACAGUAUGAAAAACACCUACUGCUAUGUUUUCCUGACAUGGACACUAAUUAUUAUUUUACUCUUGCCAAUGGCAACAACUGAUGCCUUGCAAUAUGACCCACGAGUUUACUCUUGUGUGUUCAAUAUCAACACAAACCUGCUCAUGACUCUUGCUGUUGCAGCCUUCCAUUUUUUAAUACCAAUAACUGUUGUGAUCUUCUGCUACCUGAGGAUCUGGAUUUUGGUCAUUCAAGUCAAAUACCGCGUUAGACAGGACAGCAAACAAAAGCUGAAACCUAAUGAAGUGCGAAACUUCUUGACCAUGUUUUUAGUUUUUGUUCUUUUUGCAGUCUGUUGGGGUCCACUCAGUUUUAUAGGUUUAGUGGUUGGUUUUAGCCCCACUGGAAAGGCUCCCAGUGUUCCUGAUUGGAUAUUUGUACUGAGUUACUUCAUGGCCUACAUUAACAGCUGCCUGAAUGGAAUUGUUUAUGGUGUCUUUAACCAUAAUUUUCGAAAUGAAUAUAAGAGAAUUGUCUUGUUUCUAUAUAUCUUUUUAUCAAAGCAGCUACAGAAAAUAUUUUAG